UGACGAACAGCAAGCGCACAAUCGAUGACGUCCUUGCACUUACGGAUGAGCACAAAGGAGUCAAAGAGCUAGUUCAUAAGGUGGAUGUUCAGAACCUGUUCCCCAAUGAAACCAAAGGUGGAUCUCACCGGCUCGAACUCGAGUGUUUGUCCUACACCAGUGCCCGGCUGCUCGCUCGUGCAUGUCCAUGAGAGGGAGACUUUGGGUGCGUGCCUGUUGAAUUCUUGGCUGUGCAUGGUUUGCCUGCUCGCCUCGUCAGUCAAACAGCGUCAGUUCUCAGUGUAAAGAUGCAUACAUGUAGGCUGUCUGCCCGUCCUAGACCUCUGUCGGCCCGUCGGCCGUGCUAUGCGCGCUGUCUAUUUUCGUGUAUGUUGCGUGUAUCUGUGGGUGAGACUCACGAGGCUGUAUAGCUACCGAGAUUUGAGUGAACAGCUGCCCCCCCUAAAAUGUCCAGCCGGCUGGAUGACCUUGAAGCUUCACAGAUUGGCGAAAUCAAGCCUGCUGCGAUUGUGGUCCCCCCGCGUCGCAGCCUCUCGGAAUCGCGUAAACUAUCGGGCUUUCCCCCUUUCCCCUGCUGAGCUCGCAGGGCCUCCGGCCCUUUUUUCUCCUUAAUAUGACGGCUGCUCGGGCCACACCUGCCAGCAUCAUAUCCAGCUCGAGCAGCUCUGCAGAAUGAGUACAGAAUCGACCCCAAUCUCAGCCGACUCAGCUCAUCCGCCCCCGCCGUCUCAGGAGGGCGUCUCUGCAGUGCUGGGAGACGAUGCCUCGCCCUUGCAGCCAGCCGCUGGUCCUGUGCGGUGUUGCCCAUGCAACAAAGACCGGAACAGUACCACUGGAUCGAGGUGCAAGAGGAAGGGGAAGAAGAGAAGGGCAAGAAGUGCACCAACUGCCAUUCCUGUGACCUAGGCAUACGUGAGAAUCGAGAGCCCGAGGACAAUACCUUCACCGCCGAGAAGUCGAACCUCCCCUCUACUCAUCCUCGUGCCUUCCACUCGGAUGAGUCUUCGCUACGAGGCGGAUCCGCGGCGUAUGUUCCUCCCAAGUGUGCCAGCUGCCACAUCCGCCCGGCGUCCUCGAGCAAGGGCAUCUGCUACGCCUGCCUCAGCAAUGGUGCCGAGCCUCCCCACCGCCCGCCUCCCGGCAUACCCCUCGCUCCCCCUGCUGGCCCUCCGACGUCUUCAUUCGUCCAGGAGAGGAUGCAUGAGGCCUUCGGAGCCACCGAUUUCAAUCAACAGAGCAACCUCAUGGACACCGACUGGCAGCGCUGGUACGCCCGCCUCGGCCCGCUGCGAGGGUGCCUUUGGGAUCCGCCGGGUGCUUCGGGGAAGCGACUGGCCCGACUGCUUGCAACCGAGGGCCGUCGGUGGCGUGAGGAGCAGCUGCCGAGUGAGCGCGUCCUCAUCUGCGCUUGCACGAUUCUCUAUCGGGCGCCAGAUGUCACUGGCGAGGACAUCGCCAAGACGGUGGAGCAGCGGAUGGACCAAUGGGAGAAGGGCGACUUCUAGCAGCUCGUACAGGAGGCUGAGCGCAACAACGCUCUCCUGGCCACCAGACCUGUCGGCAAGGACGACACCAACGGAGCCACUCUGCGCCAAUUCCGUCGCCUGAUCGACAAGGGCAAGGUCAGGCAGGCCGUUCGGCUCCUGACCGAGCGGGGAGGGGGAGGCGCGCUGGACCCCAACGACCUCGCUGAGGCCGACCCUAUGGGCCGCACCGUCCGGGAGGUCCUCGAGUCGAAGCACUCUACUCAGAGUGACCCUGACGCAUCUUGCUUCCUCGACCGGCCCCUCCCUCUCCUCACCCAGGUCGAGAUCACCGCCAACCACAUCGAGCGAGCGGCACGGGCAACGAAG